UGGUGCCUGAGCAUCUAGGCAGUUCUUCAGUCAUCAUGGGUAUCCGAGGACUAAUGAGUUUUGUAGAAGAUCAUAGUAAUGAGUUCUUCACUGAUUUGAAGGUGCGGGACACAAAAAUUGUCAUUGACGGCUAUGCUCUCUUCCACCGGCUUUGCUUCAACUCAAACUUGGAACUUCGAUAUGGAGGGGACUAUGACUCUUUUGCAGAUGUUGUACAAAAAUUCUUUGAAUCACUGUUUGCUUGUAAUAUCUGUCCAUAUGUUGUGUUAGACGGAGGAUGUGACAUUUCAGAUAAAAAGCUUAAAACUUUAAAGGAUCGAGCCAGAGAGAAGAUCCAGAUGGCUCAUUCCCUUUCUGUUGGUGGGGGUGGGUAUGUGUGUCCCUUACUCAUCCGGGAAGUGUUCAUACAGGUUUUAAUCAAGCUACAGGUGUGUUUUGUCCAGUGCUUUUCAGAAGCAGAUCGGGACAUUAUGACACUGGCUAAUCAUUGGAAUUGCCCUGUGUUAUCGUCAGAUAGUGACUUUUGCAUUUUUGACCUAAAAACUGGGUUUUGCCCACUGAAUAGCUUUCAGUGGAGAAAUGUGGGCACUAUCAAAGGCACAGGAGACUGCUAUAUCCCUGCCAAAUGCUUUUCCAUUGACGCGCUCUGCCGUCACUUCAGCAAUAUGAAUAAAGCUCUCUUACCUCUCUUUGCGGUGCUGUGUGGAAAUGAUCAUAUCAAUCUACCCAUCAUGGACACAUUCUUAAGUAAAGUCCGUCUGCCUCUUGGAGCUACCAGUUCAAAGGGGAGGAGACACCACCGAGUUUUGGGACUUCUGAAUUGGUUAUCUCAUUUUGCCAACCCUACCGAAGCACUAGAUAACGUUCUGAAAUAUCUCCCAAAAAAGGAUCGAGAAAAUGUGAAGGAAAUUCUCUGCUGUUCCAUGGAAGAAUACCAGCAAUCCCAGGUGAAGUUGCAGGACUUCUUCCAGUAUGGUACUUAUGCCUGUCCUGCCGCCUUGAAUCUGGAUUUACCAGAAUGGGUAUUAGUGGCAUUGGCCAAAGGCCAGCUAUCUCCUUUCAUCAGCGACGCUUUGGUGCUAAGACGGACCAUUCUUCACACACAGGUGGAAAAUAUGCAGCAACCAAAUGCCCACAGAAUAUCUCUGCCCAUCCGUCAAAUCAUCUAUGGGCUUCUUUUGAAUGCUUCCCCACAUCUGGAAAAUGUGUCCUGGAAUGCGUUGCCUUCUCAGCCUCCAGCUUUCAGUGAAGUGGAAAGGAUUAAUAAAAAUAUCAAGACAUCAAUUGUUAAUGCAGUAGAACUGCCCAAGGAUUAUUCUGACUUAAGCAAAUUGACUGAGCUCUCCUUGGCCAAAAGGCAGAUACUUCUGUUAGAAACCCUGAAGGUGAAACAGACCAUCCUGGAGCCAAUCCCUUCUUCAUUGAAGUUGCUUGUUUCAGUCAGUUGCUACUGGUUGCAGCACACAGAGGCCAAGGCAAAGCUACAUCACCUGCAGGCCUUACUGCUAGGGAUGCUGAUGGGGCCCUUGCAUGUCAUAAUCAACAGCCCUGAUAAGGAAGAUCUGCGGGAGGAUGGUGCUAGGAUGUUGUAUGAAGAGUUCCAGAGAGUGAAGGAGCAGACACGGCCGGGCACGAGACUGGACUUAGACACAGCUCACAUCUUCUGUCAGUGGCAGUGCUGUCUGCAGAUGGGGAUGUAUCUCAAUCAGCUGCUGUCCGCUCCUCUCCCGGAACCAGACCUAACUCGACUGUACAGUGGAAGCCUGGUACACGGACUGUGCCGACAACUGCUAACAUCGACUUCUGUAGAAAGUCUCCUGAGCAUGUGCCCUGAGGCGAAGCAACUUUAUGAACAUCUGUUCAAUGCCACAAGGUCAUAUGCCUCUGCCGAAUUAUUCCUACCAAAGGGUAAAUCAAAUUCAAAAAAAAAAAGACACAAGAAACAAGGUACCAGCUGGUCAAAGAACAGAGUGGGAACCACCUCAGACACUAAAUGCUGGUACGAGGGAAGCAAUCGGUUUGGGCUACUAACGGUUGAAAACUUGGAAGAACAUAUUGAGCUCUCAGAGCUUGAAUAA